GUCCAAACUCAUUAUCAGUUGGAGGCGGUAAUGCUUACUUAACGUUUCUUGCCAACCGCCAAUAAAUUUCAACUAAAAGAAGAAGAAGCAAAUGGAAAAUGAAGACGCUGAACUGUCAAAUUAGAAGAGUAGCAUGGGUCACCACGGAAGCAGCAUUAACUCCCUUGUGUUUCCUGUUGUGAUGGGAUGCCUUGCUGCUUUGAUGCUCAGCAGUGCCUUGAUAUACCUGUACCUGGAUGCUGUGUAUCAGUCGGAGGAGCAGCUGGUGAACACACACUCUGGCUGUCUCCCUCAACACUUUAAACUGCCGGUCAUGAAGAACUGUAGCCCCUGGCUCCAGUGUUCACAGAUUGAAGCAGAAGUGCGCAAGAUAAAGCUGAUUGGCCUGGGAGCUGUGAAGAAGGUUUAUCUGGCAGAAUGGAGAGGUCAUAAGGUGGCUCUGUCUGAGCUGGCCUCCCUGGAAUACCGAGAUGAUUUUCUCCAUGGACUGUCGAUGUUACUGGACCUUCAGGGCCCACAUGUGGUGCAGUUGGUGGGGUUUUGCCUUGAAGACGACAUCAUAGUUACCCAGCACCAUCCACACGGCUCGCUGCUAAACCUAGAAGAUGUUCUGGCACAGCAGAAAUACCAGCAUCUAAAUACUUGGCACCUCCGACUGAGACUGGCCACAGACUACGUCUCCAUCCUCCACUACCUCCACAACAGCCCUGCUGGGCGGCGGGUGAUGUGUGACUCCAACAGCCUGGAGAAAACCCUUUCCCAGGUCCUGCUGACGAAUGACUUCCACCUGGUAGUGAACGACCUGGACGCUCUGCCUGAAGUAGACACAUCUAAGGGCGCCCUGGUGAAAUGCGGCAGCCGAGAGCUCACUGGAGACUUCGUGGCCCCAGAGCAGCUUUGGCCUUUCAGAGACAGUGGGCAGCCAUUUUCAGACGAUCUAAUGCCACCGUACGAUGAAAAGACCGAUAUCUGGAAGAUUCCAGAUUUGACACAGUUCAUAAUGGGAAGGACUCCAGGUGGAGAUUUAGUUCAUUUUCAUCUUUUUCAGAUCCAUAAGCAAUGCAAAGAUGUGGACCCUAAACUCCGGCCUUCUGCUCUUGAUGUUUUGAAGGCAUACAAAUCGGUCUACAGUGCAAUCGUACGAGAAACAUCUGGACACAGAGAUAUGCUGUAGGAUCACUCUCUGAAAUUGAUGGUUACAAAGACUUCAGAACUGUGGUUGAAAGGUGUCUGUUUAGACCAGUGUUUCUCAACCCUGGUCCUCACCGCCCCCCUGCUCUGCAUGUUUUAGAUGUGCCUCUAUUCCAGAACAGCUGAUUAAAAUUAUUGCAUGACCAUCAAGUACUGCAGAAGCCUGUUAAUCACCAGAGAUACAAUUUAGAUGAGUGGAAGAGAAAUACCUAAAACAUGCAGGACAGGGGGGCGGUGAGGACCAGGGUUGAGAAACACUGGUUUAGACUAAAGGUGUUUUCACAACUUACAGAUUGCUUUUAGAUUGAAAAACGUGUUCACCUCCUCGCCUGUGGGGGCGCUGCGCCAAGAACCACUGAAGAAGAACAUGAGCGCAACUUCCUUCUUUA